AUGUCAACCACCACCGUCCAAACCGCUACAAGCGGCACUAUCAGCAUCCACCCCAAAGAAACCCACACAUCCCACGGCCAUGAACUUAAAGACAAAACACCCCUCCAGGCAAUGUCCCACGGCGACGUCGUCCUCGCAGGCAUCCCCAAGCACCCAGACUUUGCCUCGCAGCGCCAAUGGCAGCUCGAACAUAUGGCUGCUGCCUUUCGCCACUGGUACCGCGAGGGCUACGUCGAGGGCAUGAGCGGCCACAUCUCGGUGCGCGACCCGGAAAACCCAAAUGCUUUCUGGACGAACCCCCUCGGACGACACUUUGGUCUUUUGAAGGUCAGCGACAUGAUACUCGUCAACCUUGACGGCGAGGUCAUUGGUGGUAAUCGCAGUCGUCCUCCCAACACAGCUGGCUUUCUCAUCCACGCGUCCAUCCACAAAGCCAGACCCGACGUCCACGCAAUCUGCCACUCACACAGCAUCCACGGAAAAGCAUGGUCCGUAUUUGGCCGAAGACUCGAAAUGCUGACCCAAGACGUGUGUAAAUUCCGCGGCGACGCGCACAGCGUCUACGACAGCUACGGCGGCGUGGUAAUAGGCAGCGAAGAAGGCGACCGGAUCGCAGCGGCCAUGGGACCACGGGGGAAAGGCUGUAUCCUACGAAACCACGGGAUCCUGACGGUUGGCCAGACAGUGGACGAGGCUGCGUUCCUGUAUACGUCCAUGGAGAACAGCUGUCGUGUGCAGCUUCUUGCAGAGGCGGCGGCGGCGAAUGGAUUGCCCAAGGUUUUGAUUGAGGAGGAGGAGGCGAACUUUAACUUUGAUGUUGAGAGUGAUCCUGAGAUUUGCUACUGUGAGUUUCAGGUUUAUUAUGAUUUGGAGGAUGAGAUGAGUAAUGGGGCUUUUAAGAAAUAG